AUGAAGCUAGUGGAGGAGGAGUUUACAAUGGAGUCUCCACCAUCAUGUUCCGCUUGGUCAGGUUUAGCACAUUCUGUAAAUAGGAAUUUCCUGUACAAAAGUAGUUCGCUGUCAAGUGGUCUAGAGUACAUAGAGAGUGAGGAAGAAAAAUCUUCAUCAGAACCAGCAGUUUGGAUUGCACCACCGGUUGAGUUUAGAGAUACACCCCCUACUGGACCUGCAGCUCCGUCUCCUCUUAGACCUUCCACUUCUCACAACUCUCUAUCUGUUCCUACUCCUAAUCGAGCAGAUGAUUCUUCAUUUAUCACUUCUGCAAUGUCUCACGAUGCUCUGAUCGAUUUGUACAACGUUCCACUUGAUAGUGAUAUUUACACGAUUCCCAUUGACUCUGUUAGACCGCGCCCUACAGCUAGGCGCCUUAGGCAAAAUGGAAAGAAACGAAGAAGACAGACAUUAGUUGAAGCCAAUCCAAAUAAAGAAAAUGAGAGGGGAAAUAAACGUCAAAGUGCUCCCCCAACAUCUGAACCUGUCCAUAUGACAUUACAAGAAGUUAGACAGUUUCUCCAAACAUUGUAUAAUCCCCAUGGAAUAGGUGGUGGCAAGAAACAAAAAAAAAGGGGUGAAGAUAAAGCAAAAGGUUUCUCUCAUGUAUUAAAAGAAACCUUGUGUAAUAUGUUCUUUAGACGUAGAAGACAGGAACCAGAACGUGUUCUUGUUUUGAGUAAAAUGCCUUUUACUGAACGAGCUUUGCCUCCAUUGCCAGACAAAUCUCCAGUCCCUACUCUUAUCUCUAGGGAAGAGGAGUCUGCUGUGGAUUUUGCUGCAAGCAUAGAAAAAGUCAAAGAUUAUGGAUGGUAUUGGGGUCCCAUAAGUGGUGAGGCAGCUGAAAAAGUUCUGAGCAAUGAACCCGAUGGAUCAUUCAUUGUGCGUGAUUCAAGUGAUCACCAUUACAUAUUUUCUCUUACAUUUAGGCUCAAUGGUUGUGUCCGACAUGUGCGAAUUGAGCAUGAUCAAGGAAAUUUUAGUUUUGGUUCUUGUACUAAAUUCAAAAGUCAAACGAUUGUUGAAUUUAUUGAGACUGCUGUAGAACAUUCCCGGAGUGGAAGGUAUUUAUUUUUUCUCCACCGUCGGCCCAUUUUGGGACCUAUGAGGGUUCAACUUCUUCACCCAGUAUCAAGAUUCAAACAUGUACAAUCCCUUCAGCAUCUGUGCAGGUUCGUGAUUGUCAAGGCUGUGAGAAGAGAUCUAAUUCCACGGUUACCUCUUCCUAGGAGGCUCAUCGACUACCUUAGUACUCCUCAGUAUUAUUCAGAACAGCUUCCAGAACAAGAUCCUCCAUCACCUUCCUCAAUUCAUCUGUUUGCGUUUUCCCCACCGUAACUUAUUUACUAUAUGAUAAAUUUUAGUUUCAUCUUCUAGUCUCUUAUAUUUUUCUUUCUGUGAGUACCUCUUCUUUGCUUUAUUCUUUUUUUCUUUCUUUUAUAUUGGGUAAAUAUUAAAAAUAAUAAGUUAUACAUAUGGUACAAGCCAAUCAAAGAAAUUAAUGUAAUUUUUAACCAGUGAUUAAUUUAAAUUGUAGAUAUUUAUUGAGUUGCUUAUAUAUUUUUUAGUCUAGGUAUGUUAAUAGUUGCACACAUGAAUACACACACACACAAAUGCAUACAUAGGUUUUGUAGAAUAUGAUUUAGUACUACUUAAUUUGAAUGUGAUUUUCUUUUAUCAUCUUGUUCCUUUGUAAUAUUAUAUUAGAUUUAUCAGUGUUCUGUGUAUGAUAAAACAAAAUAUCUAUGUUGGGAUUAAGAUUUUACAAAAUUAUUAGUCUCUGAAUACAUAUAUCAUUUUGCUUUUAUAUUAAAACAAGUCGCUUAUUAACUCAUUGGAUGAUAGUAAUCCAGAUCAAAAUCUAAAUUCAAUUUUAUCUAAUUCUUUUGAAUAAAUUAUUUUUAUUUAGCAAGUUCAUUCUUAAUAAAACUUCUUCAAUUAAUUGUUUGUUCAUCAAUUAUUUAAAAUUAAAUGUACCAAUAAUUCGUUGAUAUGUUUAUUCAUUUUUUCUUUUAAAUAGGCAACUGAGAGCAGGAAACAUAUUUAAUCCAAUACUGGCUAAUCAAGUUUUAUUGCAUAGUUACAUAUUUCUUAACAGAUACAUUAUAAAUGUUUAUGAAUUUAUUAAAAUAUAUUUUACUCUUAUGAGAAAUUUGUUCAAAUUUUUUUUUAAAAUUAAGUUAAAAAAACACAUGUUUUUUAAAUGCAUUUAGUUUCUAUGAUAACUCUAAAAUGGAGAUUAAUUAUUAUUAUUAAUUAACUUUUUAAAAAUGGGCAUCAUUCCAAAAUGAUACUGUUCAUGCCCUGAAUAAAAAAGCAUCAUUGAUGUUAUUUUUAUAUUUCACCGUUUUCAGUAUUAAUAUAAAUUGAAAGUCUUGAUUUCAUGAAUGUUUUAAUAGUGGUGUUUUUCUUACUGAUGGGAAAAAUACUAUAUCUUAUAUAAUAUUUAUUACAUCUGUAAGACAUAAAGGUAUAAAAUUAUACUUAUAAUGAUUGGAAUUGACUGUUUAUUUAUUUAUUUUUAUCAAUAUUUCACUUGAUUACUUUCAACUUAACCCAUCAUAUAUAAAUGAGGGUGCCUGGGGCCUAGUAAUCCAAAUAAUAAAAUGUAAUGGAGUUAUUUUCAUUUUAAGUAUUUUUACUUGAAAAUUAUAUAUAUAUAUAUAUAUAUAUAUAUAUUUGAAUCUCGGAUUUGUUAUCUGAUAUCAGUAUUUAUGAUUACUUGAUUCAGUUGGAAUAGUUCACUCCAGUUUGAACAUCCAUAAAUAGGAAUUAAAAAUAUGUAUAUGUUGAAAUAUGCAUAUACCAGUUUUUCAUUUAUAUAGAGAUUAUUUUCUAUAUAAACACAGCCAUGUGUGAUAAAAGUUAGUAUAACCUAAAGCUAUGUAUUCUUAUAUGAUGGGUAGUAUGACAUACAAGGCUUUGAAUAAUUACAAACCUGCUUGUAGGAAAAAAAAAUAGCUUUUAUUGAUUUUCCUGUUGUGGAUAAAAUAUGUUUUCUGUACAAACAAGUUCUGAUCACAUCAGUUAGUAUUAUGUUUAGUGAGUACUACUUAUUUAUUGUUUCAAUUCAUUGUAGUUUGUUAAGGGAUUCAUGUAUAAAAAGGGGAUGUGUAAAUGGAGGGACAAGUGUAUAUAAACUGUGAAAUAAAAUGUUAAGAGGCCUCAUUUGUAGGAUUUUUAUAAAUAAAUAUACCUAGUAUAUUGUCUUACUGUAGUGCAAUAAUAUCAUCCUCGAUUAUUUUUGCUUAGUUGUAUAUUACGUUGUUAAAUAAUUAAACUUCAUUUUAUUUUAUUUUAAUCUUAGGCAUUUCAAGGCAAAAAAACAUUUGAUGUGGCUCUUUACAUGGUAUUCGCUUGCCUUUUACUUGCCUAACUAUCAAAAUAUUGUGAUUUCUAGAAACUAGUCUCAUGAAUUUAGAACUUUGUAUUAAUAUGUCCACUCCAGUUUUUAAAAAUAUUUUUUGUUGGU